GGAAAACGCACAACAUAAUAUCAAUGGAAUAGGUUGGCAGCUCCGCUGAUACAUAUGCCACUAAAAAAUUGUUUUAACUUGAUAUCGUCUUUAUUUUUGAAUAAAGUCGGGAAUUCCUAGAAAAAGCAAGGCUGUCUUCAUGUAUUGCGAUAUAUUUCCCCUUCUCAUCACAUAAUGCUAAAGUGCAGUGAAAUUGGAAACAGUUGUGUGGCAUGGAGGCACUUGCUUCGCACCGGACGAAGUAGCUUAAAGGUUAAGAAAGGGCCAAACGGUCAUUUUUUGGAUAAAAAAUGCAAUGAGGAACUAAAGAAAUCUCUUCCUGAAGAGUCGUACGUUGAAUUGAUGAAUUGGGUUGAUAGCUGGCUGAAGAAACUAGACCAGAGGAACCGCGACUGCACCAAGAAGGAUAUUGAUCAGAAACCUGGAGUCAAACUAAAGGAGUCUUCAUCUACAGGGAAUGAAUCAUUUGAAAAUCUCAGCGAUUUGAAGGAAGCAGAUGGCAUUGGAUCUGCCGACUUCAAGGAAACUUUCAUCAAAGGAGUAAUUGAUCUUUGCAGCGAUGAAGAAAAUGAAGAUUCCCGCGAUGGCAUCUCGGACAUCCCCGAAACGGACUCAGUUAGUUCGAGGACCUCUGUGGAAACAUUGAUGAAUCGAAGUGAAAUAUUCAAAAAUAAGAUAGAGCCACGUGCAAGUACCACUUUUCGCUCUUCGGAGGAAAAGACUUCGAAAAAUACGAAUACCAUGACUAGUUCAGGAAAAAAAACCCUGAUCUUAAACAAAAUUAAAUUGAAAUUCCCGGAGGAUCUUACAAAAAAAGAAGACCCACAACUGAAAGCAUUAAAUACACACAUAUCUACCCAUCCUUCAAAAAUCAUUACCCCCUUGAAUUCUAAAACUGGACCAGCUGAGAAUUACCAAUGCGCAGCAUUAAAGCACAAUAUUUCACUCCCAAAACAAGGAAAUAUUUUAAAUGGUUUGAAAACCAUAUCAAUUACAAACAAUACACAAAAAAUCAUUCAAGUCUGCAAAAGUCUCAAAGAAACUGAAAAUGCACCACAAAAAAUAUUCCCAAAGCCAUUACUUAUUGCAGACGGAAAGCCCAGGUCAUUAGCGAACAAUCAGGAAAAUCAUAAUAAUGCCAUUCUGGGAAAAGAAGUUUUCAUAAAAGCUCCCAAACCUACCGAUCCUGCGACUACUGCGAAUCUAACUAAGCCCAUUGUAACGCCAGCUGCAGUACCGGUCGUUGUUUUGAAACGAAAACACUCUGAAAGCAACUCAACAUCGGACAGUUCACAAGGCCCAGCGAAAAGACCUGCUUUUCGGAUUCAAAUUCCUCGAGAUAGUGCGGCAAUUAUCCCACCCACAAAAAAAACACAUAUCACACCCACCCCGACCCAUCCAGGAAAAAUUGUCCAUCCACAAAUACAAAAAACUACGGGAGUUCAGAUUAACAAUUUUCGACUUGGUAAUAUUACAAGUACACCCGCCACGAAAGUUUUGCCUAUUCAAAACCCAUCGAAAGAAUUGGCGAAAAGUAAACAAGGACCAUCGACUGGUUCUGGUGUUCAGCUUCGUAAAUCUCUAAUUACAACCACGAUAAAAAUUUCGCCGAGCAUUACCCAAGAACCAGUGAAAAGCACGGGUGUUCAGACUUGUAAUUCUCGUGUUAUUAGCACUUCGAAUACUCCUGCUAUAAAAAUAUUGCCUAUUCAGAACCCAUCGAGAGCAUUGGUGAAGAGUACAGAAGAAACAUCAAAGAGUUUGGGUGUCAGUGAUCGAAUCACUCCAACCAUAAAAGUAUUGCCCAUUCAGAACUCAUUGAAUCGUUUGGCGAGCAGCUCACAAGAAGCAGCGAAAACUUCGGGCGUUCGAAUUAUUAAUUCUCGGGUUAGUAGUAGUUUAACUACUACCGCUAUUAAAGUAUUGCCUACUAAAAAACCAUCAAGUGUUUUGGGGAACAGUAAAAUGGCACUACAGGAAUUGUCGGAUGUUCAGUACUCAAAAUUGUUCAAAAAUCUAUGUAAUUCUAAAGAUUCCUCCACCACAAAAGAAAUGCCUGCUGAAAGCCAAUUGUGCGAGUUGGGAAAAAUUUUGGACACUUUGGAUAGUGUAGAGAAUUUUUCCGUAAGGCACACGAAUGAAGAGGCUUUUAUUCUCAUUAAAAAACUUCGCGUUAGCCUAAUAAAAGGGCUCAACAUAUGAAACCUUAUUUAAGAAUCCUGCAAUAGCAAGAUAACAUUUGGCAUACUCACCUAAGGAUCUGCAACUGAUAGUGCCAUUAGUUAAUCAGUUGACUCUAAUUUGUAGAUUCAAAUAUAAACUUUAAACAUUAUUAUUUAUAAUAAAAACUUUGUUUAUGUAGAAUAUA